AUGUAUCGAAUAAACCUGACCACGUUAACAUUACUUUUAGCACUCACUGUAGGCAGUUUGAUGUCGGAGUCGUUGCAUCCAUCUGACGGUGCUAUCAAAGAUUUGUAUGAUUAUCUGCUGCAACGGGAAUAUGCUGCCCCCGUAUCAUAUGCUGAUCACCAAAUCAAGCGAAAGGCAGUUCGAUCACCAUCGCUGAGGCUACGGUUUGGAAGGCGAAGUGACCCGAGCGUGCCAUUGCGUCCGGAGGACGAUGAGCUGAUCGACCAAAAAGCAAUACGAGCACCCCAGCUUCGUUUGAGGUUUGGAAGAAAUGACCCGCUCUGGACUUCGUUCAACGAAAACGCUUUGCUGGAGGAAAACUUUGAAAAGCGUGCACCAUCGCAAAGACUGCGGUGGGGCCGAUCGAACCUAUUCGGCAAUCUGGUCAACCAGUUCCAGCAGGACGAUGUGAUGCAGCAGAAAGCAAUACGGGCACCGCAGCUAAGACUACGCUUUGGAAGAACCGAUCCAUCCUGGGCCAUGUACAAUGAGCAUCAGCUAGCACCCGGUCAGCAGACACAGUUGGUCAAUGAUGCAAGCGAAAAACGGGCCCCGACCCAAAGGCUCCGAUGGGGCCGUUCCGAUCCUGCAUUAUCGAAAGAUUCCUCCGAGGACAAAGCGCUGGAAGCGGAAGAAAGGGAAGGCAACAACGCUGAUGACAAGUAA